CGUGGCCACCCCAACUCUAGCUCGACGACUCUGUUGAUUUCUUCCAGCCCAGUCGGUCCCCAGUCAAUCCGAGACUUUCACUGCGCGAUGAGUUUCCCCGGUCCGUCGGCGAGCGUCGGUUGCGGUUGGUUGUCAAGUGCUGUUUGAGAGCAAGUGAGAAGGUGUGAGUGAGUGCGUGAGGUGGUGAGGGCCCUCCCCUCUCCUCGGCCUCCCCAGUGCAAAAGUGGUGCUACGAUCAACGGAUCGGAAGUAGCUAGCUGGGACUCGAAGGAAUACCACCCCCCGCGUGAAGGAGAAUCCCUGCUGCGAUUUUCUGGUUCAGCCCGCCGUGGAUGGUGUAAGCAUCGAUCGUCGGUACGACGAGCCAUCCCAUGAGAAGCGAUUGAAUUAGUUGAUAGAUGUGGGGGUGACAUCGAGAUGGGCCAGGGGCUCGAACCGUUAACCGCAGAUCUUUGUCUGUCCUCCCGGUCGCAGCCCCCCCAGCUUCCGUCUCGUGCUGAUUUCUUCGAGCAAUCGAAGAAGAGGAACGUGUCCGGAGCAUCACCAGUUACAACUACCAGCGAGGCAGCAGCACAACUACAACCACUUCUUCUAGCCCGACGACGGAAACCACUUCCGGCGGGGCAGCAGCAGCGGCAGCGGUCAACGAGGUGGCAUCAACCGGCCACCUUGACAGCUUCCGGCCGGCGGAUCGGUACACGUGUCACCGUGUCAACGAGACCCACCGGGACGACGACUACGACCUGUCAGCGGAGGUGGUGGUGGCCACAGCAAGGACAGCAGGGCGACACCCGGUCUACUCUAUCUUCAAUGCUACCAGAUUUCCCUUCUAAUGCAAACACGAUGGAGUUCGGCUAGAUCCCCACGCUCUCUCUCAAUCUCUCUCAAAUGUGUCUGCAACAACAGCCUACAUCAACAACAUAGUGUCUCUCCCGAGAACACUACAAAACAACAACAACCGUAAAUCAACAACAUCACUACUACUGGCAGCACAACAACAACAACAGCAACAACACUUUCAAAUAAACCGUCUGCCCUCCGGCGGCCAUGGAACCGCCUGGUGUCCUCUCACAACAACAACAACAGUCUCCGUCAACAGCAGUUCAGGCACGUGGUGAUGGGGAACGAUUCCUGCCGCAGCAGCACAGUCUACAACAGUUCAGCAACCCGCGGUCGCCGCCUCCUACGACCGUAACGUCAACGAUGGCUGCAGCUUCGGUGCAGCAGAUUCCGGCGGCGGCGGCGACGUCGCAGCAGCCGCACCACAACCGGCUCCAGCUGAGCACGUCCCUGUCGGCGUCGCACUCGGCCGGAAGUCACCAGUCGCUCCUGACGACGAGCCCCUCGGCCAACAAUCAGCUCGGCGGUGGUGGUGGUGGUGGUGGUGGAAAUGUCCAGACCGGGAUCGAGCGGCUGUCGCGGCCGAUGGCAUUCGAUAAGAUGGAGGGGCUGGUGCGCGAGAUGCAGGAUCCGGAGGCGGGCGUUCCCGUGCGCAGUCAGAAGCUUUUUCUCACCUCGAUUCCUUCCGCUUUCAUGGGUUACGACCUGAUCGAGUGGCUGAUGGAGCGGCUCGGCAUCGAGGAGUCCGAAGCGCUGAACAUCAGCAACCAGCUGUGCAUGCACGGGUACUUUUUCCCCGUGUCGGACACCAAGACGCUGGUCGUGAAGGACGACUCGUCGCUGUACCGCUUCCAGACGCCGUACUACUGGCCCUGGCAGCAGAAGGCGCCGGACCAGAUCGAGUACGCGAUCUACCUGGCGAAGCGCUCCCUCCGGAACAAGCAGCGCCACGGGCUGGAGGACUACGAGGCGGAAGCGCUGGCCAGUUUGCACAAGAACCUGAAGGGCAAGUGGGACUUUAUCACGAUGCAGGCGGAGGAGCAGGUCCGGCUGGCGAAGGAGCAAAAGGGCGACAAGAUCGUGGGAGAUUCGCAGGAGCGAGCCUACUGGCGCGUUCACCGGCCCCCGGGUCAGUUCACCCCGCUGGAGUCGUGCCCGAUUCCGUCGCGCGAUCGCCAAGGCAAACCCCGCAAGCGCACCGUCGAGGACUGGCAGCGCGAGGUGGAAAUCCUGAAGGCGUCCCUCGGCCGGAACCGGGUCAAGAUGUCGCAGGCAUGCGAGUGCAACGUCGCCUACUACGAAACGUUCAGCGAGUACGACCCGAUGAUGAACCCACCGCUGCCGUCGAACCCGUGGGUCACCGAAGACGUCAGCUUCUGGCAGAUGAACGGUCCGGUGGUGGAGGUUCCGACGGAGAAGCGCGUCAAGCGGUGGGGCAUCUCGAUCGAGGAGGUGGUGUCGGACCCGACCGGGCUGCAGGAGUUUACCGCGUAUCUGAAGAAGGAGUACUCGCACGAAAACAUCCGGUUCUGGAUGGCGGUGAACGAUCUGCGGCGGUCGUCGCAUUCGCAGAUCUUCCGGAAGGUCAAGGAGAUUUACGAGGAAUUCCUCGAGCCGGGCGCCCCCUGCGAGAUCAACAUCGACGGCAAAACAAUGGAGAAGGUGCAGCAGGGCCUCAAGAACCCGUCCCGGUUCGCGUUCGACCUCGCCGCCGAGCACAUCUACAUGCUGCUGCUGAAGAAGGACUGCUACCCGCGGUUCGUCCGGUCCGAGCACUACAAAACGCUGAUGGCGAACGCGAUCCAGCCGUCGCACAAGAAGCGCUUCUUCGGCUUCGGCGGCGGUGCCAAGAAGAAGGGCUCGACGGCGACCGCACCCAACCCGUCGCUGUUGACGCAGCCCUCCGGUCCGACCUCCGGCAACAUCAACAGUCUGUCCAAGCGACGCGGCAGCGAUCGCAGCUUGUCCGGAUCGGCCCACGAGCUGGCCGUGUGCGGGGUCAAGGACGCUACCAAAGUGCCACACUCUCAUAGCCAAAGCAAUCUCAGCGACAUCCCGUACAGGGAAGUCACCGGCAAGACGCUGAGCACGACGCUCGAGGUGACGCUGGAGUCCGCAGGAGGCAGCAGCGCGGUUUGUCCCUGGGACAGCCCGACGGCGACGGCGGCGAAGCCACCCGAGAAGGAGUCCACCGUGUCGGUGUCCGUGUGCCCGUGGGACGACGGAGACGUCAAGCUGCCGUCGGAAAGCAAACCGAAAGCACCGGCGUCCGACAUCAGUGAGGUGUCAGAGCGCAUGAAGCGGUCCUGCGGCCUGCGCCAGAACACCCUGGACGGCGACUUCCACAGCACCAAGCGGCUCGCUCCGGUGGUGACCGAACAGCGGCGAGCGUCCAUGACGAUGGCUCCCAGACUCUCCGACCUGCAAUUCUCCCUGCGCGCCAACUCGGGCGGCGAGUCGCCGCCGGGACCGCCGGUCCUGCAGCAGCAGCGUUCGUUCGACCAUCCGCGGAACGUUUCCCAGAGCUCGCUGUCGACGAGCUUCGAGGAGCGGGAGGAUUCGAGCGCGACGCCCACCGCCUCGGACGAGAAUCUGGCACGGCAGAAGAAGGAAAGCAUCUCCGAGCUGGAGGAACCAGCGGAAGAGCAGGCGGCGGCAGUCGGUGCUAGGGCUAGUGAUGUUGGGGAAACUACGAGAACCGAUGUAGAAAUGAACACAAACAUUACACGUGCAAGUGAGCAGUGCACGUGCGCAGUGGCCACGCAAACCAGAACAAACAUUACACCAGUGGGUGGUGAUGGUGGUGGUGAAGUGGUGAACAAGUCCCGGGCGGUGACGCCGGGAAGUGAGGGUCAGGGAUUGUGCGUCGAAGCUGGAGCUCAACGAAGGGGAAGUGUCUGCGAGCAGCAGCCGCAGCAGCCUCCUACGAUUAGUGUUUGCUUUGCCAAUUCGGAAGCCGAAGAGGAAGAUCGCCGGAGGAGGCGAUCGCUGGGGAACACCGGGGACCGCUCGCUCGAUGAGGAUCACGGGGAAGCGGAAGAGGUGUACUUCACCAGUGAGGAAGCGGACGACGAUGCCGGAAGCAUGGGAUACACGCGACUUCCGGAUCCGCCGGCACCGCAAGACAUGUCUCCCCUGGCGGAGGACGACAACUUCUCGGAGUCCUUCUCCCAGCCGAACCAGUCCUCGCUGGAACAGGUCGAGUACGACAUCAUGAUGGACGGUGACAACCUGGCGCCCGGGUGCGUCGCUCCGGCUCCAACUCCAGCCCCGUCCAUCGCUCCGCUUGCGGAAGUCGAGAUGGACCCCGGGGACGAUGAGCAGGAAACGACGGCAUCGGAUCAUACGGAAACCGCCGUGACGGUGCACGUGACGACCCGCGAACGCCAGGAACAGGAACCGGAAGCAUCCGCCGGCGCAACGGUGGUCAUCAUCGAGGACCAGGUCAAGCGCCGGAAGCGGAAGGAGCGCAAAGAACGCGGGGAAAAGGAGGCGGUGCAGCAACAGCGAAGCGAAGAGGAGAACAGCGAGAAGAAGGGCAACGCCGUGUGCCCCUGGGAUGACGAAGAUGAAUCGGCAGCGGACGAAGCUCCGUACGUCAAGACGUACUCCACGCUUGGUUAUCUGUAAACGACGUAAAUUUUACACAACAUUUCGUGUUUGGUGCGAGCGCUCAACAGUUUGCGGCAGCAGCAGCAGUAGGCUUUGGAAAGAUGGUUCAAAACAAAGAUGAGAAGUUCGCUGCGCAACGCGACGCACGUCGCGUUGACAGCUGUCAAAAGUGACAGUUUUAGUGCGGGAUUGAGAAAUGUUGAAAGUAAGAGAAAAUGCGAUUAAAUUUCCGCCGGGAUUACGCUCCAUGCCCUAGGACUAAUCGUGGGGUGAAAUUUAUCUAUAAACAAAGCACACGCAAUGACAGUUCUCUGGAAGCGAAAACAAAAACAGAACAGUUGGCCGUGAGAUCGGAAGGGAUCAGAAAGAGAGCGGUCCAGAAGCGACGUUGACGCAUCCAAGAGCCCCGAAUCUUGUAACAACAACAACAGAAAUCAAAAUGCGUCAACCUUUUUGAACAACAUAACCUUCAACGACCAUUCGCUCUUUCCGACCUUUUCCUCUAGUUUAGUUAAGAAAUUUGAGAAGAAAUGGGUAGAUUUUCAUCUGAGUUUUCAAUGCACAUGAUUAUUUCGAUACCUCAAAAUGUGUACUUUGACAACAAAAACAAAAUGGUGACAAUGUAAACAAGUGCGCAUUUGACAGCUAGCAUGGUGGAACAAAAUAUAAACAUUAAUUUGGAAAGGGUAUACUCUCCCUUUCGUAAACAUAAGAUUAAUCAAAACAAAGCACAUAAUAAAGUAAUCAUCAUAUAGCCGAAAAUGUCACUAAAUAGUUACUGGGAAGUACUGAAUGUUAGCACGUAAGCGACUUUAUUGGCUAGAAUGCAACGUGACGUGGUUUUCUUGAGUGCAUCGACAACUUGGGGAAAAUACAAACAAAGAAAACACGAUUUGUCUUGCGAGGCAAACCUAAAAUUAAACGCAAAAGUCAGGAAAUAAAGUAAACUGUUCCUGUAAAAGUACUUGGAACGUAAAUUUUACAUCAUACACACGUAAAAAAAACGCGUACAUUCUACGCACUUCUAUCGUAUCGCAUUUUUUGGGGGUAAAACUAUAUAUAUGAAAGUAUCGACGUACAAGUAUUCGUAACCACUUUAUUGGAACAGAACAUAACCUAGCGGUAAACAGUGAAUGGUAAUAUAAAGUCUAAGUAUUGCUUCUGUUCUAGGUUAAGAAGUACUAAAAUUCAUUCAUGUCAUAAUAUAUUGAAGUAACACACACUAACAAAAUAGCUGCAUACUAGCAACACUGGAAAGCAUAACAAACAUCUACACACACUCACAAAGCGUCACGUCAAAACAAGAUGCUCGAAAACUUGGUGAAAAUUUUCUAGGUGAAUGCAACCAAAGCAAGAAACGUCAAAGUGUAAGUGAUUAGUGAUUUGAGGAGAACUGUCAUCGCGAAAUGCUUAGAAAUCAAAUGUGACAUUUAAACGGUAUCGUUAGUUGAUAGUUUUGGAAGCUGUCAAAACUGAACAGUCAACCUUGAACUGUCAACGUAUCGUUUCAUAACUGUCUAAAAACAAGAGAAAGUUAAAUUGAAAGUGGGGAAUCCCGCGCAAAAGUGUUCACCUUUGACAGCUGUCAAAGUGACGUUCGCCGGUGGACGCGCGUGCGCGCUUCUGGGGAACGAUUUUUGACAGCAACGCGAUGAAGCACGAGGCUCCGAGAAGGUAAAGCGAGCAUGAAACGAGCCGUUAUAUUUGAAUGUAUUUGACAAACUUGAUUGUUUAACUGGGCGGAGUUUAGAGAAGAGGCAAAGAUGUUACAAAACAAAAAUGAGUGAUUUUUACCGUGCAAAGAAGAUGAUGAAGAAGGAGAAAAUUCAAUGCAGAUAGUAUUCAUGUACAUGGUUGUUGUUUUAGCUAUACAACUAUAAAAAGAAGCUAUUCUCUCUCUAUUGAACAAAACAAAAUCUUGCAAAAUUAUUAACAAAUAAAUAAAAAAAAUCUAUAAUCGAAGUAAUUAUGAGAAAGUCAAAACAAACAAAAAAACGUGAUUUGACAAAAUCGAAGAUAAAUCAACAUUAUCAAAAGAACAAAAGCCACCGGUUAGAAAAAAAAUCUCCAAUUAUUUUUGUCCCUCUUACUCUUGGAAAACAAAAAUGAGAAUAUAACAUAAACAUUAACAAUCUUGAAAUUGAAUAACAAACCAGAUAGACGAAAUACCAAUCAAACAGCAUCUUUUAACGGGUAUAAACAAAUAAGUGAAAGAUAAAAUUUGUUGAAAUCUUGGAAAAAUCUGAGUUUUUUUAAAGGUCACACAAAACUGAGUGCGCAUAUCAGCAUUUCUUAUAAACUCAAACUUUUUUUAAAGCAUUUUUCAAACAAAAAGCACAUCUCAAAUGCAGCCAGAAACAAAGUUUUAAAAUGCACCCGUGACAAUUUACCGUCAAAAACAUGAAUCUGGUUGUAAAUAUCACCCUAACCUUUUUUAAGUUAUCUUCUACCAACGCAUAAAUCACCACCCCAACUCAAGAAACACACAUACACAAACAAAAAAAACAAAACAAUGCCGCUUUUCCUAUUAGUGAGAGAAAUCAGCCCAAAAUAGCAAAACAAACAAAAUCGCUAAUGAAUAAUAAGUAUUAGAAAUCAGUACAGAAAUAUAUAUUAAAGAUGAUCUGCAAGGCGAAGAAAAACAAAAUGAUACAACGCGAAAGUUUAUUAAAUUUUAUCGCUAUUAAAAAUGUAGUCUAGUGAGAGAGAAAAAAAGCAAAAAAUUAAAAACCAAAAAAAAACAACUCGUCGGUGAAAUUUAGACAUUUGACUUGAAUAUAUCUAGUGAUUACAGAAACAAAAACCAACUUUAAAGUAAUAUUACUAACAGAAGAAAAGAAACUAGUUGAACAAAACAAAAAAAAAAUGCCAGUUAAUGUGCCGCUGUAUUAGUGGCUAUAUUUUAAAAGAACAAAACAACAACAACAAAAACACAGAUCGGAAGCAAACAAAAAGAACUCGAAAGAACCGGAUUGGAACUCAGAAAAAAGUUAGACAAGUUGGUGUAUUGAUUUGCAAUAGAAGAGACAAAAAAACAACUUUCUCGUUUAGCGUGCAUUGAUUGUAACAGCAAAACCCUCAAAUCGAAAGAACUUCAACCAAAUUCCACUGAAAAAAGGGAAAAAAACCCAUAAAAUCGGAAUCAACCCAAUAGUGAAAUUGAUAUGUUGUAGCAAGAAUCGAAUAACAGUACAAUAAAAAAAACACACUGGAUGAGAAAUGGUAAGAAAGUAAAAACAAGAAGAAAUAAAGAGCGGGAAAAAUGUUAAAACUA